UUUGACAUAUAGUCAAAAAUUAGAUAUAAGCAAUUAAUGUGAAUAAAUUACAUUCAGAAUAAACAUUCAACAUUAUUUCAAAUCUCACAAAACUACAGUUAGUUUGAGAUCAUUUUUAAGAGCAUUAAGUAUCAAAAUGCUGCAAGAACGAUGAGGAUGGAUAUGUCAGGAAAAAAAGGAUGACGUAGGUCCAUUUUGGAAAGAAACAAAACUUCAAAGUUCUAAUGAGAUUUAAAUAAUUCAUCCUAAAUUAAAAAGAAACCUGUAAAUAAGCAUUAUUAGCUUGUGUAUACUGUUUUUUCAAUACAUUGACCAUGUAUCUGAAUGGAUCUGUCCUUUCAGUGGUCUUGACUUUGCACUCUUUGGAACUCUCUCAGAUGAGCAUUUAUCCUGCAUUUAUAUUUGGAACAGUGGCAUAUUUGAUUAUCUUAAUCUGUAAUUUAACAAUUGUUGUGACCAUUUGUGAAAACAGGAAUCUUCAUAAACCAAUGUACAUACUGUUACUUAACCUGCCUAUCAAUGAUGCAGUGGGUGCUACAAGCCUUUUUCCUCAGCUGCUAUAUAGUAUAUGGUCUCAGGACAGAUCAAUAUCCUACCCUGCAUGUUUGUUUCAAGGCUUUAUUAUACACAUGUAUGGUGGUGCCUCUCACGUAAUUCUUACUGCUAUGGCAUUUGACAGGUAUAUCGCUAUCUGCUUCCCAUUGAGAUAUGGAGCCAUUAUGACUACCAAUAACCUAGUGAGAAUCAUAAGUGUGAUGUGGCUCCUUCAUUUUAUUAUUAAAUUGGUACUUUUCUGUCUUCUAAUGCCUUACAAGAUUUGCCAGACAUACAUGGCAGAUCUUGUCUGUUAUAACCCAUCUUUAAUGAAGAUCAUGUGUGAAGACACAACAGUAAACAAUAUCUAUGGACUGUUUACGUUAAAUUUAUACCACUGCAUUUCGCUUUCUGUGGUGGCAUUUACAUAUAUUCAUAUAUUGAUCACUUGUGUUACUAAUAAGCAGUCUGAUACAAAGAUUAAGGCACUUCAGACAUGUGGUACUCAUUUAGUGGUCUUUCUGUUCUUGGAAUUCAACACUUUUUUUCCUCUUAUCGCACAUCGAACUGAGAGUGUUCCAGCUCACCUACGCAGGGUGUUUUCUAUUUCUAUUCUUGUGUUUCCUCCCAUUGUGAAUCCACUUAUUUAUGGGUUUAAAACUAAGGAAAUCAGACAGAAAAUUGUCACCUGUUUAAAGAGAAAGAGAAACAGUGUGCGAUAAACUGUUAUAUGUUAAAAUAAAUGAUAAAGUGAUCAUACUAUACGAUAAAUUAAAAAUAUUACUAGCUAUAUUAUUAUAUGUAUCACACAUUUGAUAAAAUAUCUAUUAUAUGUUUGACAUUUUUCAUCCUUCACAAGUUGUUGACAAUUUCCAUAUAUUAUUCCGUUUAUCUCUAACAACCUACAAGAAGAAAAGAGCUUAUUGUUUUGUUGUUUUUAAUCUUUCGCAAUUCAAUUCACAUUUAUUUGUAUAGUGUUUUUCACAAUACAUAGCAAAGUUCCAAAGCAGCUUUGCAGGAAAUUCAUGUUUCUACAUUACAAAUUAGAGUAAUCUGUGAUCAGAGGUGACUGUGUCCAAGUAAUGUCCAUAUGUCAGAAAUGUACAUAUAAUACAAAUCACAUAGUUAACAUCAUGUAACAUCACAACUAACAUUAUGUAUUAAUUUAGGCAGAAACAAUGUUCUGUCAUGAAAACUUUGAAUAGAUCUGCUACGCUGCUGCUGUACACUGAAAAAAAAUAUACUUUGGACAAACCUAAGAAAAUUACUGUAAUUUUCUCAAACUAUAUUUUUUAAUUUGGUUGAAACUUUAACAUUUAAUUUAAUAUCAAUCAAAAUAGUUCUUCUGCC